UUCAGGAUACGGCGAUUUUGACCUACCAUUUAUUAUUUUGGUUGGCAUGGGCGUAUUAGUGUUUGGUUUUCUGUUUGGUGUUUGCUGUGCUUGUGCGCUUUUACGCAGAAAAGAAAGUGUAAAAGGCAGAAUACGUCCGAUGAAGCAAGGUCAACAAAAGCCAACACAGUCUGGGGAGACUGGCUUCAUUGUUUUAAGUCCUAUAGAGAACAAUAACGCACAGAUUCAAACGGGAACAAAAACAGAAAACAAACAGGUUAAUGCUUCGCAAGACGGUGCAGUAAAGAAAUCGAAGACUCGGAUAAAACAGACUCAGGAGACUCGAUUGAAAGAUUCUACACCUACACCUCAUAGUUACGAAGAAUUUCAAAACAGAACAGACGCAGACAACGAAAAUAUUUACGAUUCAAUAGAAGGUUUAGCGAAUGAAGAUCAGCCUGAACUAGGACAGUCACAUGAAGCGUCAUCACAUGAUUCGGCACCUUCACCAAAAAACAACGAACAAGUUCAUAACAAAACAGAUACAGAGAGUAAUGAGACGUAUGAUUCACUAGAAGGCACAAAGACACAAGAUCGACAUCAAUCUAGAGAGUCGGUGGAGACAGAUUCGAAUGAUUCAGCACAUUCAUCGCAAUCUUCCGAACAAUGUCAAUAUACGAUAGAGGCAGAAGAUGGGGAGAGUGAUGAUUAUCUUAACGCCGAUGUCAAUGAAGUACAGAAUAGCCAAUCACACAGUGACACACUUUGAGAGAUGAUAUGUUAACCAAGAGCCGAUUCAAUUUUAAACAUGGUGCUAAUUUUAAAUUUCAGUUCGAAGUUUUAACCUUGUUACACCGAAGUUACAAAUUAAGCUCUCUGCAGACAUUUUUUUAAAUGUUAUAAAAUUUGACUCGAGAAUAGGGAUAUUAGAAUUUGCAAAUUAAGAGCACUAUACUUUUAAAAGAGAACUCAACUGAAAAGCAUGUUCUAAUAAGAAUUAUUAGUCUAAAUCGAUAGAUAACUUUAUUUAAUAUUAGCAUGAGCAGGUGUUUUGAACACAUUUUUUACAACAACAAAAAUACAUUUUUUUUUAAAAUGUAAGACUUUAAAUACCGAUUAUGCCCAAGAAUAUUUUUUUUUACUUUUUCAAAAGCUUUUUCUUUUGAUUUCCAGUUUUAUCAAAAAUACGUAUAAGCUGCAUACAGUCCUGAUAUAGUGAUAUAGUAUUUUGUAUGAAAGUCAAAAUACGACCUUUUUAUAUAUUGCUACUUUGAUGAGAAAUAAUUUCAUAUAUAGCCCCUUUUUCAGGUAGCAGAUAUUCAAUAUGUUAUUUUACUAUUACCUAAAUAUUGAACAACUCAUGUUUGUCUUUUUAAAAGGAAGGGCACACUUUGUUUCCAGAUUUUUAUUCGUUUCUGAGUCAUAAUGUUCAUAAUUUUAUUAAUUAUCAGCGAAGUUGUUUAGGAACUCCUGUUUGUUAAAGAUAUAUGCAAAAUGGAAAAGAAUUGAGAUAACUCCAUCAAUAGAUAAUCAAUAUACCUGUCAUAUAUUUGAUGUCGAAUCAAUAAAUUUAAAAGUUAAGCUUAUAUUCACUUAUGAACAGAUGAUAUACUUAUUGGAUAAUUAAAUUUGAUUUGACAAAUUGAAUUCUUUGUGACUCUUUUCAGGGUUUGAUUUCUUUGAAACAAUAUAAAUAGAUAGAUUACCUUUUGCAAAUUGUCACUUUAAUUCUUAUUUUAUUUUAGGGAUGAUAUUGAUAGAAAUAUUUAUUUGCAUAUUGAAAAAUUUACAAUGCCUUUUUAUGUUUAUGAUUCAAACAUAUCUACGUUUACAAACCAUUGUACAUGUACUACAAUAUUUGUUCAAUAAUUGUGAUUAAAGUCUGUGAAUAGCUAAAUUAGUGAAACUGAUAUUUUAAAUCAUUAGUAUAAUAGUUUAUUAUGAUGUAAUAUAGACAUAGUUACCAUGAACUUACAUGAUAUUCAUAUACAACCACGAAUCUAUGUGUAUAGUAUGCACACUUUUUUGUUAACUUAUGAUUUUCAGUGCUCCUUUUGGUUCGUUUAUAUUAUUUAAGUUUCUCUUUCAAUUGUCAUUUUCUUACAUCAUACUUUCUUUACAUAAAUAUUGGCUUUUUC